AUGGGGGUGGGGCGGGUUCAGGGGGAACUGGGGGGAUUUGGGGGUGUCAGUGAGGAGCUCGAGGGGGUCUCGGGGCAGUUCGGGGGGGCCCAGACAUCCCCCUCCUCUUCUCCCCCAGCCCUGGGCUUGUGGAUCUUCCACGGUGCCACCACCCAGAGGAGCCUCUUCAGCCGCGACCCCCAAGACCCCCGCGUGGCCGGUCUCCCCACGGUCCCCACAGCCACGGGGCAGGUGCUGCUGGCCGGGGGCUGGUGGGGGCUCGUGCGACGCCCCGAUGACCUCGGGGAGCUGCUGAUGGCCUUGGGCUGGACCCUUCCCUGUGGCCUGUCCCCGGCCCUGCUGCUGCUCCUGGCGGGGGCCGCGCUCCGCGAGCUCCGAGCGCUGGUGGGGGAGCGACGGCAGCGGCGCCGCUUUGGGGGGGCCUGGGGGGGCCUGUGCCAGCGCGUCCCCCACCGCCUGCUGCCCCUCGUCUACUGAGGACUCCCCUGAGACCCCCCUGCGACCCACCAAGGGACCCCUUGGGACUCCCCACAUUGCCUAUGCAACCCUCUGGCCCCCCCAUCUACUGAGGCACCUUCGGGACCCCCCAGCUCCCACCCCCACCAUUUACUGACACUGCCGGGACCUCUCCAAUGGACUGAGGGACCCCCAGCAUCCCCCUGGGACCCCCCCAAGGUCACAGGGGCUUCCACAGCCCCAUCGCUGUGGAUCACUUGUAAUAAAGUCUUGGGGUCUCCUUCUCGGGCUCUGUUAAUGCCCGUGUUCAUUAGUGCUCCCCUUCAUUAACUAGUGUCCUCUUCGCUAAUCAG